GGAGCUGAGGCCCGGCCCAGGCAGACAGACAGACAGACCGACCGACCGCGGCCACCAUGUCCCUGCUCUGCGUCCGCGUUAAGAAAGCAAAGCUCCAGGGACCACCAGAUAAAUUCAAUACAUACGUGACUCUGAAGGUGCAGAAUGUGAAGAGCACGACGGUCGCUGUUCGUGGGGAGCAGCCCUGCUGGGAGCAAGACUUCCUCUUUGAGAUCAGCCGCCUGGACCUGGGCUUGAUUGUGGAAGUAUGGAACAAAGGGUUGAUCUGGGACACAAUGGUCGGAACAGCUUGGAUUGCGCUGAAGGCCAUUCGGCAGUCGGAUGAGGAAGGUCCCGGGGAGUGGUCUACACUGGAGGCAGAGGUCUUGAUGAAGGACCAUGAGGUCUGUGGCACAAAAACCCCAACGCCUCAUAAAAUUUUGUUGGAUACAAGAUUUGAAUUACCUUUCGACAUUCCAGAAGAGGAAGCCAAAUACUGGACCAAGAAGUUAAAGCAGAUAAACUCAUUGGAUGAAGAUGAUGAGCAUUCAUUUAGUGAAGAAGUCCAGAAGCAACCGCUGCCCACUGCUGCCUCCCAGUGUUGCACCUGGAGUUAUUUCGGAUGGGGAAAAGAGCAGACGUUGGAAGACCACGACAGCGCUGUGGAUGACAGAGACAGCGACUACCGCAGCGAGACGAGCAGCAGCGUCCCUCCCCCGUACCACACCACCUCGCAGGCCAACGCUUCAGUGCACCAGUUCCCCGUGGCUUCCCGCCUGCAGCAGCAAGGGGGCUCCCGAGACGCUUGCGUGGAGGCGAUGCGUGGCUAUGAUUUGGACUACCGGGAAAGAGCGGCUAUCAGAAGACACGAUAGCUUAGACUCCACCGUGAGUGGCCGAACUGACCUGGAAUCUGCAUCACAGCCUAGUCAGAUGACAAGCCGCCAGCUGUCGCUAGAAAGCGGGCACUCGCUAGGGUCGCCAGAUAGUCCUGCCAGCAGUAGUAAGUUUGGUUCCUCCUGUAACAUCAGCCAGGGAAGCUCUCAGCUGAGUGAGCUGGACCAUGAUCAUGGGAGUGUCCUGGGCUCUGAACAUGAGGACGAGCUCCCAGAAGGGCCGCCUGCCGCUCCUCACCAGAGGGAAGGCCGUGGGUCAUCUGGCGAACAGCAGGAGUCCCAAGAAACGCACAGCAAAAGAGAGAAGAGGCCCGAGGGAGAGGAGAAAGUGAGAGAGCAGGCCACGGCACAACUACCUGCAGAAGUGCAGCAGUCCAGCAAAGGGGCCACCAGGCCACCAGACAGUUCCCUCGAUGAAAAUGAGCCUCUGCCAUUGCUCCCCGCCAGAACCCGCUGGAUCCGAGCCAUUAAUAAAGUGAGACUUCGGUUGCAGGAGGGGCAGGACGAUGGCGAUCCAUCAAAGUCACCGUGGUUCAAAGGAGGGCCGGCAGGUGGUCUCUAUGGCAUCGACAGCAUGCCCGAUCUGCGCAAGAAGAAGCCCAUCCCGCUUGUCAGUGACUUGUCACUGGUUCAGUCCCGCAAGGCCGGAAUUACCUCAGCCAUGGCCACCCGAACAUCGCUCAAGGAUGAGGAGCUGAAAUCACACGUCUAUAAGAAGACCUUGCAAGCCUUAAUCUACCCCAUUUCCUGCACGACCCCACACAACUUUGAGGUGUGGACGGCUACGACGCCCACCUACUGCUACGAGUGCGAGGGGCUGCUGUGGGGCAUCGCCCGGCAAGGGAUGCGCUGCACAGAGUGUGGGGUCAAGUGCCACGAGAAGUGCCAGGACCUGCUCAAUGCCGACUGCUUGCAGAGAGCGGCUGAGAAGAGUUCGAAGCACGGGGCUGAGGAUCGCACUCAGAACAUCAUCAUGGCCAUGAAGGACCGCAUGAAAAUCCGGGAGCGGAACAAACCAGAGAUCUUUGACCUGAUCAGAGAUGUCUUCAGUGAGAGCAAAAUGACCCAUUCUCAGCAGAUGAAGACCGUGAAGCAGAGUGUUCUGGAUGGCACCUCCAAGUGGUCGGCCAAAAUCACCAUCACAGUGGUCUGUGCUCAAGGCCUGCAAGCCAAGGACAAAACCGGGUCCAGCGAUCCUUAUGUGACUGUCCAAGUCGGCAAGACAAAGAAGAGAACAAAAACUAUAUUUGGGAACCUGAAUCCCAUUUGGGACGAGAAGUUCCAUUUCGAGUGCCAUAACUCCUCCGAUCGAAUCAAAGUGCGGGUCUGGGAUGAGGACGACGACAUCAAGUCCCGGGUCAAGCAGAGGCUGAAACGCGAGUCCGAUGACUUUCUGGGGCAGACCAUCAUUGAAGUGCGCACCCUGAGUGGCGAGAUGGACGUCUGGUACAACCUCGAGAAAAGGACGGACAAAUCCGCCGUGUCAGGCGCCAUCCGCCUGCAGAUCAACGUUGAGAUCAAAGGGGAAGAGAAAGUGGCUCCUUACCACGUCCAGUACACUUGCCUCCACGAGAACCUCUUCCACCACCUGACAGAUGUUCAAGGGAACGGGGUGGUGAAGAUUCCUGAUGCCAAAGGAGACGACGCCUGGAAGGUGUACUUCGAUGAGACAGGCCAGGAGAUAGUGGAUGAGUUUGCCAUGCGAUACGGAAUCGAGUCCAUCUACCAGGCCAUGACGCACUUUGCGUGUCUCUCCUCCAAGUACAUGUGUCCCGGCGUGCCGGCCGUCAUGAGCACCUUGCUGGCAAACAUCAAUGCGUAUUACGCCCACACCACCGCCUCCACCAACGUCUCGGCCUCCGACCGCUUCUCGGCCUCCAACUUUGGGAAAGAGAGAUUCGUUAAGCUUCUGGACCAGCUGCACAAUUCCCUGCGCAUUGACCUGUCCAUGUACCGGAACAACUUCCCAGCCAGCAGCCGGGAGCGCUUGCAGGACUUGAAAUCGACAGUGGACUUGCUGACCAGCAUCACCUUUUUCAGGAUGAAGGUGCAGGAGCUGCAGAGCCCCCCUCGUGCCAGCCAGGUGGUGAAGGAUUGUGUCAAAGCCUGCCUCAAUUCAACCUAUGAAUACAUCUUCAACAAUUGCCAAGAGUUAUACAGCCGCGAAUACCAGGCAGACCCUAACAAAGCCCAGGACGUCCCCCCGGAGGAGCCAGGCCCCAGCAUCAAGAACCUGGACUUCUGGCCCAAACUCAUCACCCUGAUCGUCUCCAUCAUUGAGGAGGACAAGAACUCCUACGCCCCCGUCCUGAAUCAGUUUCCGCAAGAGCUCGCUGUUGGAAAGAUCAGUGCUGAAGUCAUGUGGAACCUCUUCGCUCAGGAUAUGAAAUACGCCAUGGAAGAACACGAGAAGCACCAGCUGUGCAAGAGCGCCGACUACAUGAACCUGCACUUCAAGGUGAAGUGGCUCUACAACGAGUACCUCUGCGGCCUGCCGGCCUUCAAGGAGAAGGUGCCUGAAUACCCGGCGUGGUUUGAGCAGUUUGUGAUGCAGUGGCUGGAUGAGAACGAAGACGUGUCCAUGGAGUUCUUGCAUGGGGCUCUGGAGAGAGAUAAGAAGGACGGGUUCCAGCAGACCUCUGAGCACGCCCUGUUCUCCUGCUCGGUGGUGGACGUCUUCACGCAGCUCAACCAGAGCUUUGAGAUCAUCAAGAAGCUGGAGUGCCCCGAUCCUGCCAUUGUAGCCCGCUACAUGCGGCGCUUUGCCAAGACCAUCGGGAAGGUGCUGAUGCAGUACGCAGACAUCGUCUCCCGGAACUUCCAGACCUACUGCUUGAAGGAGAAGCUGCCCUGCAUCCUGAUGAACAACAUCCAGCAGCUAAGAGUGCAGCUGGAGAAGAUGUUUGAGGCUAUGGGGGCCAAGGAGUUGGAUCCAGAAGCCAGUGACUCCCUCAAGGAGCUGCAGGUGAAACUGAACAACGUCCUGGACGAGCUCAGUGCUGUGUUUGGGAACAGUUUCCAGGCACGGAUCGACGAGUGUGUCAAGCAGAUGUCGGAUAUCCUGUGCCAGGUGAAAGGGGCUGGCAACGCCCCGCCCAAUGUCGUGGCCCAAGAUGCAGACAACGUCCUCCGGCCCUUAAUGGACUUCCUGGAUGGAAACCUGACGCUCUUCGCAGAUGUGUGUGAGAAGACGGUGCUCAAGCGGGUGCUGAAGGAUCUCUGGAGGGUCGUGAUGAACACCCUGGAGAAGAUCAUUGUUCUGCCUCCUCUCUCAGAUCACACGGGGACCCAGCUGAUUUUCAGUGCUGCUAAAGAACUGGGACAUUUAUCGAAGCUGAAGGAUCACAUGGUCAGGGAGGAAACCCGAAGCCUCACCCCGAAGCAGUGUGCAGUGCUGGAACUGGCUCUAGACACGAUUAAGCAAUAUUUCCACGCUGGAGGAAACGGCCUGAAGAAGACCUUCCUGGAGAAGAGCUCCGACCUGCAGUCACUGCGCUACGCGCUGUCCCUCUACACCCAGACCACAGACACCCUCAUCAAGACCUUCGUGCAGACGCAGACGGCGCAAGGCUCGGGCGUGGAUGACCCUGUGGGAGAAGUGUCCAUUCAGAUUGACCUCUACACGCACCCAGGCACCGGGGAGCACAAGGUCACCGUGAAAGUCGUGGCUGCCAACGACCUGAAGUGGCAAACCUCCGGCAUGUUCCGUCCUUUCGUGGAGGUCACCAUGAUUGGUCCACACCAAAGCGACAAGAAACGGAAAUUCACCACCAAGUCAAAAAGCAACAAUUGGGCUCCCAAGUACAAUGAAACGUUCCACUUCAUCCUUGGAAACGAGGACGGGCCUGACGCCUAUGAGCUGCAGGUGUGCCUGAAGGACUACUGCUUUGCCCGCGAGGACCGGGUCCUGGGCAUCGCCGUCAUGCAGCUCAGGGAUGUGGCAGACAAGGGGAGCUGCGCUUGCUGGUGCCCGCUGGGGCGCAGGAUCCACAUGGAUGAUACGGGGCUCACCGUCCUGAGGAUCCUCUCUCAAAGAACCAACGAUGAGGUGGCCAAGGAAUUUGUCAAGUUGAAGUCCGAGUCCCGCUCCACAGAGGAAGGCAGCUGAGACCCCCGUGCCCACGCGCAGCGUGCGCCUCGUGCCAACAUGUGCCACACGUGCAGCCACAGUUUGCCCUCUUGCAUCCCGGACGGACGGAGCGCCACGUCUCUGCCAGCCUGCUGCUGCCCACAGAGGACCCUGCCGGCCCUGAGCAGAGAGAUCCGUUAUCAGGCCAAGGCAGGAA